AUGAGACGGCAUUUCUACGUCAUCACCUUGACAUUGCGAUUUGCGCUCGCUCAAUCGCCAACAACUAUUGCUGCUCCAGGUCAACCCACGCAUAAAGGCGAAACUGGGAAAUUCGAACUGCUCGACAACAGCAUAGUCAGUGCCCAGCAGCUAUUUCUAGGGCGAGUCGAUAAGGUGUAUCUCAUUGACAAAGUGGAGAAUAACCCCAACCAAAUCAACGGCCACCCGGCCUGGGCAUCAGAAUACCGACUCUCAGAUAAUCGUCAAAGGGCACUGGACAUCCCUACAAACACAUUUUGCGCGGGCGGCAGCGUGCUUGGAAACGGAACGUGGAUUAACGUCGGUGGCAAUCAGGCAGUAACGAGUGGAGGAAAUCCUGCAGCGACACAGGAUGGGAGAUCGGGGCCUUACAUGGACGCAGAUGGACGUAGAAUGAUUCGCUUGCUGAAUCCCUGCGACGGAGAUGACUGUAGCUGGACUACGUCAGGAUACCAGUCCGAGCAACGCUGGUACCCUACUUUAGAAACUCUGGAAGACGGUAGCGUUAUAAUUAUUGGCGGAAGCAAAAACGGGGGAUAUCUCAACGAUGCGGGUCAAACGAACCCAACAUACGAAUUCUUUCCCCCAUCAGGACCCGCCAUCCGCUCCAAUUUCCUCGAAAACACCCUACCCGCCAACUUGUAUCCCCUCACUUGGCUCCUUCCAUCCGGUAAACUUCUCGUGCAGGCCAUGCGGUCUACAAUAUUGCUAGAUCACAAGACCAAGGUGGAAACACCACUGGACGACAUGCCUGAUGCCGUCCGAACGUAUCCUGCGAGCGCUGGGACGGUCAUGAUGCCAUUGACGCCCGCCAACAACUGGACGGCGACGAUCAUGUUCUGCGGCGGCUCUGAUGUGCCUACAGACCAGUGGGCCUCGCCAAAGUUUGUCCCUAUAUCUCAGGCGGCUGCCACGUCCUGCGUGAAGAUUGCCCCUGACGUGUCUGGGACAUAUGUCAACGACGAUCCACUUCCAGAGCGCAGGUCCAUGGCAAGCUUGAUUCUGCUCCCAGAUGGCAAGAUAUUAUGUCUCAACGGCGCAAAGACAGGAACUGCGGGCUACGGAACGACGUCAUGGUCAAUUGGCCAGUCCUACGCCGACGACCCAGUCCUUCUCCCAGUGUUAUACAACCCGGAUGCCGCUGCAGGAAGUCGGUGGUCCAGCAACGGACUGUCUCCAAGCACCGUGCCCAGGAUGUAUCAUUCCUCUGCAACCCUCCUCCCCGACGGGUCAGUGUUCGUAUCAGGAUCGAACCCCAACGCCGACUACGCCUCUGCCUCUGAUGUCCUAUUCCCAACUGAAUAUCGCACUGAACGGUUUUAUCCCCCAUAUUACAACGAGAGGCGGCCACAACCUAAAGGGCUUAUAAACAAGCUCUCUUACGGAGGCCCUCCUUUUGAAGUUGUACUCGACGCUGACGAUCUGUUCAAGGACGUUCAAAAUGUUGACUCUGCAAGAGUGGUCGUUAUCCGCACCGGUUUCUCGACGCACGCCAUCAACAUGGGCCAAAGAAUGAUAGUCCUCCAAUCGACGUACUCCGGGUUUAGCAACACAACCGCAGUCCUACACGUCUCACAAAUGCCGCCUAACCCGGCGAUAUUCCCUCCUGGACCCGCAUGGAUGUUCCUCGUCGUCAAGGGUAUUCCCUCAGUCGGCGUGCAGGUUAUGGUGGGCUCAGGCAACAUCGAGACGCAGAAUAUUCUGCCUAUCGCUUCUCUCCCCGAUGCGAUGAUAUAUCGCGCUGAUGAUACGACCUCGAGCUCGUCUGGUGCGUCUUCUACGAGUUCUGCGACAGAUGGUCAGAGUCAGAAGACUAGUUCUGCUGUGAGAUUGGAUUGUUGGCUCGCUCUGCGCUGUCUGUCUUUGUGGUCUGUGGCUCUGCUGAGUCUGUCUCUGUUGCUCCGGGGCUAG